AUGGAUGCAAGAAAUAAAGUUGUUUUUGCUAGUAAGGAAGCAGACACUGAUUUCAAAUAUGGUAGCCAGUUAAUCCAGAAUACUUUUCUGACAGCUUUAGAAACUGGAAUUCGUGAUGAUUAUCUGACAAUUAGUUUACGACCAAUUCUACGAAAGGACUGUGUGUCUGAUGAGGAACUUAUGCGAAGCAUCAAUGAACUUGCCUUCCAAAAGACCGAGAGAGAAAACAAGCUUGGUUUAACAGAGAGGCUGUCUGCGAAAAGUGCCAAGGUGAGUUCUGUUGAGGGGGCAAAAGGGAAAAAGGGGACAUCCCCAGAAGCCAGUGAAAAACAGGACCUCCUCGCAGAGAUCAAGGGAAUAAAGUCUGAAUUAAGUUCCCUUAAAGCAAAGGUUGAGGAACAGGCGUCUAGAGUAAUGCACCGUUCCAGCCAAGAUAUCCACGGGGUUGCCCCAAAUGUAGGAGAGAAAACAAUGGAAAUACUUGGAGACAUUGUUUUAUUUGCUGUCAGGCUGGACAUUUAG